AUGUGGCUGGAGAAACGGCCUCAAGAGAAGUCUGUGAAAAUCAAUUGGCAAAAUUUGUGUGCCAUUAGAGACAAGGGUCUCUAUUUCCUGGUUGCAGCCAUCGUGGCCACACUAACCUUUACCGUAAAUGCUGGCUUACUGGAUAAAAUUUACCCCACUGUGAUGGAGAAAUUCUACAGUUUGGUGCCCACAAAAGAGGGUUAUCGCUUCAAUCUAGAAGAACCGAAUGGCAGCAAGCGUGAGGAAAUCGGUGUGGUUAUGAAUCCGGGCACAAAGGAUGAAGAACUAGUCAUCAUGGGUACCUACACAGUUUACGACGAGAAGACAGACACCGAAACGAUUACCAUGUACACAGCUGAUAAGGAUGGUUACAAGCCACGCUAUAUGAUCAAGAAUCGUAAAUUGAGCCCUGGUGCAUUGAAAUCUGCAGCUGGUUAA